UACCGUGUUAUGCAUAAUAAAUCCGGUUCCAAAACAUGAACAUAUCUUUCUAUAAAUAAAAGAAGUUCAAGGAAACAGAUUAGCAUUAAUGUACUAAAUGGCCUUUGCAUUCAUUGCUAAAUAGCGAUUAAAGAGUCAAAUCAUUUUCUAUUACUAUGGAAGGUGCCUACGAUGAAAUAAUUUCGGACAACCCGUUCUUUAUAGAGUUUAAAAAUGAAUAUUCUAACUUAUUUCAACAUUGUAUAUCGCAGUCGUGGAUAAUAUGUGUGCCUCGUAUUGGAAGCUUAAACACACGAGUAUUCACCGUCGAAGAUUUCUGUGCUCAUGUGUUAGUGCCUAGUGACGAAUUACCUGAAACACAUUACAGCACUCUCACCGAGAAACAAGUCACCGUUGCCAAUAAAGUGAUUACACUCGAAGUUACCAAAGGCUUGCCACUACAAAGUCACAUAUUGUUUGAAGAAACAUUCUAUACUGAAGACUUUAUCAAAUAUAAAGUAUGGUGUGUGGAAAGUCCUCUAGAACCAAAUGCCAAUGUGGGUGAUAAUGCUGUGACUAAAGAUUGUCUUUUAUCUAUAAAUGACUGUAUUGACUUGCUCUGGACACAAGCAGCAGGUCGUCAAGUACUAGAUCAAAUAGAACUUAAUGUCCAACAAUUUCUCAAGAAACAUUCAAGCCUGCCUAUAGCUCUUGCUCCAUUGAGAGAUGCGGUAAGUGAAUUGUACACACAAUGUCUUCAAAGUACUUUGCAAAACCGCAGGCUCCGUGAGAAAUGUAAAGUAUCCAAACAUUUACUUGAAAAUAUAAAAUUAUCUGUUGAAUGCUACAUGCAACAUUUAUUAUUUGACUCACUGUUCAAGCCAAUCUGUACAAUAUGUGCUUAUGAGGACUCCCAUUUAAAUAAAAAGAUAAGAAACAUGUGUGACAUUCAACUCCGAGAUCUUGACAUUAAAAAGGAGUUGUAUCACGCUGUGCCCAAAGCAAAACAAAUCCUUUCAAAAAUUGUUACAUAUAAUACUGUUCUGGAAAAAGUUCUUUGUUUAAAACAAGCAUUAAAUGCCAUUAAUAAAACAGACAACACUAAUAAUAUUGUGCUGUUAACUGCAGAUGACUUAUUACCUGUUUUUGUGUUUUUACUUAUCAAAUCUGGUUUACCUAAUUGGUAUAGCCAACUUAAAUAUAUGAAAGAAUUCCGAUUUAGUGGUGUUGGAAAUGGUGAUGGCGAUGAAAGUGCAUUUUUAAUAACUACCUUAGAAGCUGUUAUUGAACAUAUUCAAUCGGGAGCUCUUGCUGGCCCCCCUAAUCCAGAAUCUUAUUAUUAUGAAACUAACCUCACAGAAGACAAUUUAAAUUAUAUUAAUCAGAGAAAAAAUAGUUUAACAGAAUCAAUAUCGACAUGUGAUACAAAUGGCAGAGAGGAAACCCUGGAAUAUGUCUUUGAUCUGAUUAAAGCAAACAAUUCUGAACAAGUACAAAUGUUGUUAGAAAAAAAUCAAAAACAUUUAGAAAGUCUGCAGCAAAAUGAAAAAAGUGCCCUAAAGUUAGCUGAAAAUCAGGACUACAAUGAUGAAGAUGAUGAUGAUGAUGAUGAUGAAGGAUAUGAAUUGGAAAUAUACCAAAAACUUUGUCAUCCUUUAUGUAGUUGUAAAAAAUGCUGCUCUAAAAUUUCAAAGAAUCUCCUGAAAACUUCACCAACUGUGUCAUCAAGAGACAGUCAUGGCUUAACUCCGUUACAUGUCGCAUCUAUACAUGGUAGAGCAAAUAUAGUGGAAAUUCUUAUUGACAUGGGAGCAAAAGUCAAUGUAACUGACCUCAAUGAGUGCACAUCUUUGCAUUAUUCUGCAGCUCGGGGACAUCAGAAUGCUUUGCUAUUAUUGUUACAUUCUGGAGCAUCUAUUAAUCAGACAAAUAUUGACAAGAAUACUCCAUUACACUUAGCAGUCAAUAAUGGACACAUAAAUUGCGUUAAAGCUCUUAUAUAUUUUGCAGAACAUGGUCGAAAAAGACUUCAAAUAAAUUGUACAAACGAACAUGGAAAUACUCCAUUACAUUUAGCUUCAAAGUGGGGCUAUGAAGGCAUAGCCAAAUUACUAAUAGAAAAUGGUGCAGAACCAUCGCUACAAAACCGUAAUAACAAAACUGCAUUUGAUUAUGCUCAUAAUUUUAAGAUAUUACAAGUGCUUAAAUCAAGUACACCUAAUCUGUAUGAAUAUAUCCACAUUACGAGUACAGAUGUGAAGACAUUAAAUUGUAAAACUGAUAAUCCUGUAACAAUGAAAUUGCAAAAUCUUAAAGUAAAAAAUAAUGAAUUGAAUAAUGUCUCAAAAACUGUAGAAAAUUUAAAGAGAAUAGAAAGAAUUUUUCAAGCAAUAUCUUAUGGUGAUAUUAAACUUGCUUGUUUUUACAUGAACAUUAAGUAUGAAAAUUAUAUUAAUACAAAUAAUAUAACAAAUAGGUCAUCUUGCCAUCCUCUCUGUGAAUGUCAACUCUGUAAAAAAACCCACCAGGCAGUGUCUGACUAUGACAUCAACUUUUCUGAUACUAACGGGUUGACAGCCCUACAUUUUGCCGCAAGAUAUGGCUUAGAUGAACUAUGCAAAAUUCUUAUACUCAACAAAGCCAAUAUAAAUAUCUGCAAUAAGAAAGGUCAAACACCUUUACAUUUGGCUGCUUUAAAUAAUAAAACUGUUGUAAUUCGUUUAUUACUUGAUAAUGGAGCGGAUAUAAAUGCAAUAGAUUUUUCUGGCAACACACCAUUACAUGACGCAAGUGAAGUUGGCAACAUUGGUGCAUCUAAAAUUUUAUUGAAUUAUAAUCCGAAUUUAAAUAUGUUGAACGGAUCUGAUAAGUCUGCGAUUGAAGUGGCUAAAGAAAAACUUCAUUUAACAAUAAUAGAUUUAAUUGAAAAACAUACAAAUAAAAUUAAGUAAAUAUAAUACUCUAGUUUUUAAAGGUUUAGACAUAUACAUAAGCCAAAUAACAAAUCAACAUGUAUACAUAAUAUAUUAUGUUAUAAAAUAACCUUGUUAUUAAAUGACUAACAUAUAAUAAAUACAUAGAUUGCUAUCAAAUUGACAAUUCCUGAUUAAGAUAUUAUACACUACUUUAAAAUCAAGCAAUCUCGUUUUACAAGGUUAGAGAAUUUUUUGUACUAUACUAUGAAAUAACAUUAAUAGCCUUUUUUAAAACAAUUUAUUUAUUAACUGAAUGGAUUUGUAAACUGAUUGAGUUUGAUAUGUACAAUUUGCAUUCCAUGUAUAGUUUCAUAUCUAGCACAAAUAUUUUUAUAGUAGUGUGCGUUUUUGUGCCAUAGUAUAAGCAGAUAGUUAUUUCCAUUAUUAAUGUUAUAAAAAAGACUAAUUAAAACCACAUAAAUUAAUUAAAAUUAAACUUAUAUUAUUACAUUUAUUACUUUGUGUUUACACCUGAGGAAAUAAUAUUUAAAUUUCAAAGAUAUAAUUAUAAGAAUGCGAUGCAGAGGACCUAUUGUAAAUAUGCAAAAAAAUAAUAAUAAUCUGUUGGACUUAUAGGAUAAAAUAUAAUAAGACUGACUAAAUGUUACUAUUUGUUUUUGUUUUUUAAAUGUUUUCUUUGUCAUGACUGUUGUUUAAAAUUAGUUCACAAUUAAAAAUGUGUCAAAAAAAAAUAUUAAUUUUUUUUACAAUGUCAAUCAUAUAUAAAAAACUACAUGUAUAUAUCACAAGAUUCCUCUUCAUUGACUUACCCUAAUUUACAUUUUAUAAUUAAGUUCAAUUAAUUAUAUACAUUUGUAAUUACGUUAAACGAAACGGGCAAUGUGUUCAAAAUAAAUACAUUCGAUAAUUAAA